GGAAAAUCAGCGAAGAUGGCGGCCUCCACGACUUUCACGACAGCCUGCAUCAUAUUUUGUGUCCUUAUUGGAGCAAAUGUCGAAGCAGAAGAAGAAACAAGACCUCCGCAUAUUGCGAUUGUUGGAGGUGGGAUAGGAGGAACAUCUGCAGCCUACUUCAUGAGAGAGCUCUUUGGGAGUGAUGCUGUGAUAGACCUAUAUGAAAAGAACACCAUUGGUGGUCGCCUGGCAACUGUAAACAUCAACAGCAGAGAAUAUGAGUCGGGAGGAUCUAUCAUACAUCCAGAAAAUCUGUACAUGGUCAAUUUUACAAAAAUACUAGGUUUGGAGAAACGAGAAAAAAAUUCUGGUGCAAUCAUGGGCAUAUUUGAUGGUGAGGAAUUGAGACUAACGACUAGUCCUUACAGUGUGGUCACCCUGGCCAAAAUGUUCUGGCAUUAUGGUAUGGACAUCUACAACCUUCAAACGUGGGUCAGCAACAUUCUGGUCAAAUUCAAAAGGAUCUACACAACACAGGAUGCUGGCUAUGCGUAUACAAAUGUUCCAGAACUAUUAGCUUCAAUGGAUCCAUCCUUUGCUAACUACUUAAAAAAAUCUGUGAUAAAGGUUAUGCGUGAGGAAGGAUUUCAUGACGCCCUGAUCUAUGAGCUUGUGUUGGGGGCCAUGCGGACAAACUAUGGACAAGGGGUAGAAAUACCAGGUUUUGUGGGAGCGAUUUCUAUGGCUGGAGUGGAUUCUGGUCUUUGGGCAGUCAAAGGAGGCAAUAAGAUGGUUCCAGAAAAUAUUGUGAAACAUUCAAAAAUUAAUGUUAUUGCUGCAGAGGUAAAAAUGGUAGAGUUUCUGGAAGAUGAACCAUUUCUGUAUGAAGUUUACUACAGGAAAGACAACAACAAUGAAGCCAAGAGCAAACGAUAUGACAUGGUUGUCAUAGCAACUCCUCUUCACGAUGAAAUUUCAGACAUUAAGUUUGAGGGUUUUCAACAAGAUAUUCACAACUUUCCCCAGAAAUAUCACAAGACGGUGGCAACGUUUGUGCACGGUAGAGUGAACAGCUCGUAUUUUGGCGUGGAACAGCCCGCCGACAUGCCAAAUGAAGUGUUUACAUGCAAUAUGGAUUUAUUACUGAAUUCAUUUGGUCAACAUCUUCCUGUAGACUACAAUAGUGCAUCAGAUACAGUUCCACCCAUAGACAGCAACAUUGUAGGUAAACUUUUCUCAAACAGAGAACUGACACAGGAAGAGGUCAAACUAUAUUUUGAAUCCAUAGAAGAGGUUCAUACAGUAUCGUGGAUGGCAUAUCCAGAAUACAAUUUUAAGAAAAUUGACGAUCUACCUCCCUUCCUUUUGAACGAGCGAUUGUACUAUGUCAAUGCAAUAGAAUUAGCAGCUUCAGCCAUGGAAAUGGAAGCUAUAGCAGGACGUAACAUUGCCCUGUUAGCUUACAAUCAUUGGCAUGACAAUCUAGAUAAGAUUGAUGAAAAGUAUGUAGAUCCAGCUCAUGCGACUAGUCCAGAAACUGGUGAUCUGUAAUAUAUCAAAACAGGGGUGAAGUAAGUUAUUGACCAGGUAUAGUGUGGUAACUGCAAUUUACCAGGUAAAGUGUAGUAACUGCAGUUUAUUAGAUAAUGCAUGGUAACUGCAAUUUACCAGGUAAAGUGUAGUAACUGCAGUUUAUCAGAUAAAAAAUGUUGACUGUAAGUUAUCUAGUACAAUAUGGUAACUAAUUUAUCAGAUUAACCCUUUCACCGCUGUAGACCAUAAUGGGCUCAUCCACAUCAUUGCAUGGUAGAGUCUACUAAUUAUAAAGUUACAUAUGGUCGAAAGUAUGGUAAAUGUAAAUUACCAGGUAAAAUGCAUGUGACAAAUUGUAAUUUACAAAGUAAAGCAUUAUUACUGUGAUUUACUGGGUAAAUACUUAUGACUUGAACUUAAUUAAUAAGGAAAUGAGAAGUUAAAUUAACAAGUAAGACACUGACAAGCUGUUACCAGGCCAAGUAUGACAAACAGUAAAUAAAGGGUAAAGAAUCACUCAUUGUAAGUAAGACCAUGAAAACAUUUGUGAAAUCGGGUAUAACGAAAUGUAAUUAAGCAGGUAUCAUACUUUUAACUUGUGAUUUAUUACUGUAGAGAUAGCACCUGUUAUUUACCAGGCCUGUAAUUGUCUACUGGAGUAGAUACAGUACUGGAAAAAUAAAGAUAUAUAAUUAUAAAGAUACAUAUAAAGAUGGUCUUGACCAAGUUACAUUAUUAGUGUAGUGUAUAUGUGUAUUGUAAUAUACACUUUUAUGGUUGUAUUGUGAUAAGUAAGAUCUAAAUUUGGAAAAAAAAGGUUGAUAACUAAGUUAAACUUGUCCAUUUUUUAUAAGGGAGGUUAGGGGUAUGAAAAGUAUAGAAAAUUGUGAUAAUUGUUUUCAAUGUUCUGGUUUUCAGAUUUAUAUAUUUAUCAAUGUAAGGAUAGUUGCAUAGUUUUCAGGGAAUCACUUUUAGUCUGUUUCCUUUAAUAAAUUUGUAUUCUUUAAUAUGGAACCACCUCAAUCUCAGAUACAUCCCCACCCAACUGUCACAUUAAUAUCCCGGAUUCAUUUAUAAGUCACAAGUCAAUUAUGUUUUAUAUAGGAUGUUUUAUCAUAUAUCCUCUAGCUGCUUUUGACAUAAUUUAUCUAAACCAGGAUGGAAAUUUUGCUAAAUAACUUAUAAUUAGCAGGUAUUUGCUAUAAAAGCUAGUCUAAGCAUUUGUUAAAUAGCGUGGUGAGCUAUCGGUCAAAAUACUCAUAGAUUAAUAACUGCGUAGGACAAACAAAUUAUUGAAGACAUUGUCGUUCAGUAUUUUGUGUUUGUGAGUUAUGUAAAUAUAAAUAUUGCAAUAGGUACAAUCAUUCCUGGUAGUUAAAAUCACACACAAACAUUAUAUAUGUAUGUAGCUACACUCAUAAAGAAAUGAUGCCACAAUUAAAACAAAUAAGGCAUUGGGACUCAUUUGAUCUUCUUUCAUUGGUUGGAACAUUGAUAAUAAUAAUUUGAGGUUCUUAUAUACUGCUUUAUCACAACCUAGUUUGUAGCU